ACAUACAUUAGGUAUUUUUGAGUUUCCCUCUCUACUUUUAUAAAAUAAGAUAAAUUAAACAAAGAACGGAUGCAAACAAAGUGUAGAACUUUCCGUUUUCGUGUCUCUCUCACGAACCCUACCGAUUUCUCACGCACCUUACAUACACAUACAUACAUACAUACAUACACACACCCACCGCCGAGUACAUCUGUACAGAGAUGAUUCCUCACUCCUACGCCACGGACACGCAGGCCAAGGCGACGGAGCUGGCCGCCACCGUCGCCGCGUCGGUUUCUCCGGCGCAGAUCGUUUCCGCGUGCGCCGCCGUGGAGGCAUUCCUCAGGAAGCACACUCCCGGCCAGCACCGAUGGUUCUUCUCCAUCACUUUCCCAACCCUAAUAUGCAGAGUUUUCGGCUUCGAUGACUCAUCGCCUCCUUCUUCUGCACCCGCGAAGCGGCAACCGUCCAACGGAUGGAUUGACGUUGCCGUUUCAGAAAAUGAUUCGGAGCUCGCAGGUAAAAUUUUCAGCCUACUGUCACCAAACGGAGUGCUGUUGUCUUCGAUCUCAGGAAUUGACCGGCUUUCUCUCGUUAAGUAUGUUUUUCCUACUGAACGAUUACCAGAGUGGGUUCGCUACAUGCUCCAAAAUGAGCGAGAUUGUCGGGUUUUGAGUGACUUGUGUCCGUUGUUCAAGAACAAGAUUAAGGAAGAUUCUAUUAAGGGUUCUUCAUAUCAGGUUCAACUGAAUGUUUUUGAAUAUUACAUGUUUUGGUUUGCUUAUUACCCUGUUUGUAGAGGUAAUAGUGAGGGUUCGGAGACAGUGAAGGUUCAUAGAACUAAAAAGUUUAGGUUGGAGAACUGGUCCUACUCAAUUCCCGGUCUUUCAAGUGCUAAACGUGAAACAGAAAAAAAGACGGAGGGUAAUUUGUUCAUACGGCUACUAUAUGUGUAUCUUCGUUCCUUUGUGCCUGUUGAAGACUUGGAUGUGCAUCAGCCGUACCGUAGUUCCCUACUUCAUUACUAUCCUGGUUACGAUAGUUCUGCAAUAGAGCGAGCAGAGUUUGUGAUUAAUACAAUGAUCCAUUUUUGGCUAGUUGAUAAUGAUUUUUCACCCUUGCCUGUGGGUUUGUGCAAGGCAUUUGGUGUAACUUUCCCUUUUAGGUCUGUUCUGGGAGAGACCCCACCUACAUCAGGAUUGGGUGAUGUGAUAAUUGUUUUUGUAAAGUAUCUGAAUUUGAGUUCACUGGCAGCUACUAGAGGGUCCAAUCAUAUUGAAUAUGAUGGCUCUCCCGGAUGGAGAGUUCCAGGUUCAUUUGAUGUUGUCAAGUCGAGGGAUGCUCCUCUUAAUAUACGCUCUAUUGGAUCUUGGAACUUGCUGAUUCAGAGGCCAUUGUACAGAUUUAUUUUGAGAACAUUUUUGUUUUGUCCAGUGGAGACUUCCAUAAAGACUGUUGCAUCGCAAGCAUUUUCCGUCUGGGUCAAUUAUAUGGAACCUUGGUCAAUUAGUUUUGAAGAGUUUGCUGAUCUUAAUGAAACCUUGGGGCUGCCAACUGGAAGUUCAGCAAACAGUGUCACUAAAUCAUCAUCUCUUGGAUAUGCAUCCAUGUGGCAGGGAUUUAUUUUGGACAACUACCUAUUUUACAGCUCCUUGGUUAUGCAUUUUAUUGGAUUUGCACACAAGUUCCUCCAUACAGAUGCAGAAGUAAUAGUUCAGAUGGUUUCCAAGGUAAUAAACAUAUUAACUUCGUCUCCUGAGCUCAUGGAUCUCAUAAAGAAUGUUGACAGUGUUUUCCAUUCAAAAGCUGCUGAAUCCUCAAAGUCGAUGCUUAGUUCAUUGAACAGAUAUGUUCCAACAAUCCGUGAACAAUUACAAGAUUGGGAGGAUGGCCUAUGUGAGAGUGAUGCAGAUGGAUCCUUUUUGCACGAGAACUGGAACAAAGAUUUACGUCUUUUUGCUGACGGUGAAGAUGGUGGUCAGCAAUUGCUUCAGCUCUUCUUGUUACGCGCAGAGUCUGAGCUGCAAUCGAUCUCUGGGAACAAUCUUGCCCAAAAUCUCCAGUGUCUGGACUCUCUGAAAGCCCAGCUAAGCCAACUGUUUGGUGGUCCUAUUGCUAAACCCUCACCUGGAACAACACAGUCAAGACAUUGCCAGCAAUCACGGGACGAUAUAUUCAAGCCUAGGAGUUUCGGCAACCAAAUAGGAGCUGAGAUCAAAUACAAGGGCGACUGGAUGAAGAGGCCUGUUUCCGGUGAUGAGAUUGCAUGGUUGGCCUCGUUGCUAGUCAAUAUAUCAGGUCGGCUGAAUGAGAAGCUUGGGCUAAACCGGGUUGAGAACAGCGAAAGAGGCACUGGUUGGUCGUACGUGGAAGUGCAGGGUGGCAUGAGAAGUGUGUAUGGGCCAAUGGAGACCCUGAAAGUGGUUUUCUAUUCACUUCUUUCUUGGAUUAUGUGGUUGGUUGAGGCUGGAGUUCAGUUUAUGAGAACAAAUGGUUUGAGGAUAAAUCUCAGGAUGUUGGCGUCCAAAAAGAUCGUCGUGAUGGUGCUUGUCUUUGCUGCAUUUAAUCUUUUGAAGAAAGCUCUUGCACUGUAGAAAAGAUUUAUAUAUAUAUGGUGUCUCUAAAACCCUGAAACAAAAGAAAUGAGCAAAAUGUAUAUACAAAAGAAGGCAAGAUUGUAUAGAAAAUUUGUUUAACCUCACAUGUCAAUUUUGUAUGUGAACUUUUGAUUUUACAGUUGAAGGCGAUCUGUGCGGAUUUGACCAAAAAAAAAAAAAAGCUAGAAAUGCAUGUGCCUAUUGCUGAGUGUGUAGUGAUUCCAGUAAAAAUACAAAGACAGACACACAAACACACACAGUGAACAUGUGAAUGUGUUAUCUGUGAGAUGUGUCGGACGAGGAGUACCACUUUGAGUCGAAGGCCGACCCUGGAGCCUCCAAAACUUCCCCCCAGCAAGCUGGUACCAUUCGCAAGAAUGGCUAUAUUGUAAUCAAAAACUGCCCUUGCAAGGUCUUCAUCAUGUCGUUGAAGUUUCUACCUCAAAAUUGGAAAGCAUGGUCAUGCUAAAUGUCACUUUGUUGGUAUAGCUAUCUUCACUGGUAAAAGGCUGGACGAUGUUGUCCCCUCUUCCCAUAAUCGUGAUGUACGUUCAUGUAUUCUGUACAUCGGCGCGAAGUAGUUGCCUCUUGUUUGCCGACUGUUCUUGCGCACUUAUUGUCAAGAUGUUUUCUUGUGUACUUCAGUGUCUUUGUUGUUUCCAAAAUACCAAGUGGUUUUAUCAGCUGUGUGAUGAGUCUGAUGAUUCUUGGAAAAGCCUUAUGACUGGUUGUUCUGGAUUUUAUACUUUUGCACUUACUCGUAAUAUUGGUGCCACCAAUUUUCA